GUGCAUUAUUAAAAAAGGACACGCCUAUCGAGAUUACCAUGCCAUCAAUUCACAAGGAAGGCAAGGACACUAUAAUCUUCGCGUCCAAGGAGGACCAUGCGAAUCCCAGUAAUAUCGACCUGCCACCACCAGAACCAAAUUCGCUCCUGGUGCUGUCCAAUGGCGAGAUCAAUUGGAACUGUCCGUGUUUAGGUGGCAUGGCGACUGGGCCCUGUGGUCUGGAGUUCCGCGAAGCUUUUUCUUGUUUCCAUUUCUCCAGUGCGGAACCGAAAGGCUCCGAUUGCUACGAGGCGUUUAAGACGAUGCAGACGUGCAUGUCGCAGUACCCAGCGUUGUACGAGAGCAAAGGGUCGAUGGACGACUUAGUGGACGACGACGACGACGAGGAGGACGAGCAAGCGGCAAAAGCGCAGUCGACGUCCGCCGACAAUAAGGAGAAAAGAAACGCGAUGAGCGCGAUUCAAGACGACGCAAAGAGAAACCCGGAGACAUUGAACCUUUCGAGUACAAAGCAGCAAGUGGAGCAGGCUAAGACUAACUGAACGUGGUUCGCGCGCGUUUCGUCACACUUUGACGACGCCGCGGUGUCGGUAGCAUUCACCCGCGCUAGAUACAUUUCUGGUGCAUAGCUAAUGAGACUCUAGAGGAGGGGCUCUCUAACUUAAUGAAAGUGCGCGAGAUAAACGCAAAUAGGGAAAUGAGGAGAAGCACGUAUGUCCCUUCCGUGCGUCGGCCGUCGCCGACUCUGCAUGUGUGUCUCUUUCUCUAUUCGCGAAGUUACGCAGAUCGAGGCCUUGGAGAGGCUAAAAUUCAAAUGCGCGAUGAAUAAGCGCGGAACAAAUCGGUACGUUUGUAAGUUUUGGGUACAAUUGCUCUUAGUUGUUCGUCUGUUAUUAAAAAGACCUUAUUAAUUGCGUCGCUUGUUUUCUCUCCCCAAUAUGAUCCCGAUGCGCUUGUCCUUCGUGCAUUUCAUUUCCUAUUACGAGUACGACACAGGUAACAGAUCGAGUCGUAUGAAACUACUUGCGUCAGUAUAAGCGACAUACACGUCACUGAAAAUAUAUAAUGAAUAAAACAUUGUCAAGUCCGUGGAAUACGACUUUACGUAAGGUAUAAUGGUAAAUAUAGCAGUUAUGUGUCACUGCUGCGUUCAGAUCAAGCAGUCAUAGUUAUGCAAGAAUAACUCAACCCACGUGAAGUAUAUCUCGAGUAAAAUGAAGAUAAAACUUUGAUAUAUAAUUUAAGAGAUAUAAAUAUAUUGUACCUGGAUUUGAAUAUGCUUUCCAUCAAAGACCCCUAUACAAUUUGGAAAGUUCCAUAAUUGCUGAAAUUCGUCGGCUACAGAUUUCCAACUCUCUUUAUUAUCCUUGAGAAACAGAAUCUUUCAGACAAUUCCAAAUUGCUACAAACUUCGGGUAUUAUAUUUGAGAUUGUGUUGUGUGCAAUUCUAAAGACAUGAUAAAGAUUUCAUGCUAUCUCCAGAUGCUAAAUAGCGCAAUGUAAUUUGAAGUAGAGUCUCAGGUGAAAUUAGCUCGCAAAUACAAUAUUCUUUAGUGAUA